AUACUCUGCAAAACCUAACACUUAACCCACUCACAUACACAAGACUUUCAGUUAUUUCCAUUACAUAUUCUCAUCGUCUGUGUGUGACUUCAAGUCUUCAAAUCCUUCAGAUCAUAAUCUCCAAUUUCUUUUGUCUCUCUCAUAAUAUGUCUUCCAUUGUUCUUCUCUUUUUUCUUUGUCUUUCUAUCCAUGCAUGCAAUGCCCGACUUCUAGGCCUCUUUGAUAAGCAAAGUGGCAGUAAAUCCUACCAUUCUGUUGAGGAUGUAAAGAAAGUUUUAAGUGAGACUUCAAAGUCAUCGAUGAUGCCUACCAUCUCAGUUGAAUACCAAGCACAACAAAUAAACGCUGAAACAUUCACCCAUGAAAGUAUCCCGACGGCUAUUUUGAGGAAACAAGGGCAUGCCAAUGGACCAGCCUCAGGAUAUGAUAUUAUUACAUCAUCUUCCCAGGUUGAGCAGAAGAAAUUGAUUAAAAUGCAGGGAUUGAAGAGGCAGGCACGGACAUUACUGGGAUCUGCAACACAUAACAUGGAGGAAGACAAAGAUUCGAAGGAAGAUGAAGCUAUUGAGGACGUAGGUGUUAUGGAUUACGCACAACCUCACAGGAAGCCACCCAUUCACAAUAGAAAGUCCUAGACAUAUCCGGAUUUUCUGCUUCUGAUGGAAUUUACUUCAUUUCUAGCUAGCUAGCCCAAAGAAAAAUUAUAUAGUGAUUUGUCCUUGGUUGGUGGGAAUGGUAUUUGUAAUUUACCUGGUCUAUAGAAGAAA